ACUGUCCCAGUCUUCGUGGAGACUGGAGUGAAGAGACUAAGGCUCAACGCUCUACUGGAUCCGUGCUCUGAUUCUUCCUACCUCAGUGAAAAGGCAGCGGAAGAACUGGAUGUAAAUGGCACGCCUUGGACGUUCGAACUGACGACAGUGAAAGGAACUGAAGAAGUUCAGAUGAAGAAAGCCCCAGUGAGAAUAUCGAGUGUCGAAAACAACCAGAUCAAGAUGGAUCUCAAUGUGUUCGUCACCGAAGAUCUAAUUGGAUCGUCAGACGCCAUCGAUUGGUGCAAAGUACAGGAACGCUGGGCGCGUAUGGCAGAUCUUCCGUUUCCAACGUUGGGAAAGAAAACCAUCGACAUUUUGAUCGGUGUGACCCCGGAGACUAUGUGUCUCUUCACGCCAGAGAGACAAGUGAAGGGCGAGAGCGACGAGCCAGUGGCUGUCAAGACGCCAUUCGGCUGGACGGCCUUCGGUCCCGUGGAAGCAGAUCUGGUUUCCAACCAGGAGAAGAUGAAGAUACGUGCGGGUGUCACCAGAUAUGUGAGAACAAUGCGAACGACUGUACAGAAGUUGUCAAUGCAAGAAGAAAUAUCAGCCAUGAGAGACAUGACCGAGUUGGAUCUAAUGGGUGUCAAAACCGAGGAUGAAAUGGCUCCGUCUCAUCUGGAAAGAAUCACCAUCAGUCGUGCCAAGGCGUCUAUCCGACACGACGGCGAGAGGUAUGAAGUUGCUGUUCCAUGGCGCGAGGAAAAACCAGACCUGCCAUCAAACUAUUGCAGCGCUGAAAACCGUCUGGUCAAAACGGAGAGAUCUCUGCUGAGAAAUCCAGACGAAGAUCUUGCUGUCAAGUAUGAUGAGAUUUUCUCUGCCUACGUAGAGAAGGGCUAUCUCGUGAAGCUCGAAGGAGCUGACGCAGAGCUUGCGAGGGAAGAUGGCUGGUUUUUACCGCACUUUCCUGUGAUCAGGAACGACAGGACAUCUACUCGAGUCAGAAUUGUGUACGACGCAGCUGCUAAGUACAAGGGCACAAAUCUCAACUCACAGAUCUUCCCUGGACCGUCGCUGUAUAACGACAUGACUGAAGUACACCUUCGUUUUCGCCAGCACCCUGUGGCCCUAGUUGGUGAUGUGAGCGAAAUGUUUUUACAAGUUCGUCUCAGGGAAGAGGACAGGAAGUAUCACAGGCUUCUGUGGCGAAGCAUGGACACAAAGAGUGAGCCACAAGUCUACGAGGCACAGCGCUGGCUGUUUAGUAAUGCAGCGGCACCAUUUUGCACACAGCUAGUGAUACAAGAGAACGCCAAAGAGCACUACGCUGAGUAUCAGGUGGGAGCAGAUGCAGUGCUGAACAACUUUUACAUGGACGACGCCUUGACGUCUUAUAGAACUGAAUAUGAAGCUCUGGAAGCGAAGGAACAGCUGGUGCAGCUCAUGGGCAUCGCUGGCAUGAAGAUCCACAAGUGGAUGAGUAACAGUAAAGAAAUACUGAAGAGCAUACCCGAAGACGAAAGAGCAUCUUGUACUAACGUAGCUCUCAGGCAGGAUGACAGUCCCUUUGUGAAGACUCUGGGAGUGCGAUGGACGGCGGAGCAGGAUCAGUUCACAUUGAAGAUCACAGAAGCUCCAGAAGACUUCCGCUUCACAAAACGUAACUGCCUGAGAAGGAUGGCGACCGUUUUUGACCCCCUUUGCUUCUUCGCGCCAUACCUCAUCAUCUCGAAGAUCCUGUUUCAGCAGACGUGGGAAGAAGGCAUUGACUGGGACGAUCCGAUGCCUGUCGAAGUGGAAAGACAGUGGAGAGAGUGGUUUGACGGACUAAUGGAUCUGGAAGCAAUCUGA